AUGUCUUCGAUUCGGAAUUCUGAUGGCUCCGGCCUGUCAAAUGAUCAUAGAAAGCUUGCUUCAUCCAAAGAAGUUCCGAAUGCAGCCUCACCUCAGUCUUCUUCUACACCGUCUACUCGUGUCUCGGCAGCUUCCGGUCCAUCCCCAAAAACAGGAGCAGAAGGUUCGACCGUCUCUGCUUCCAGUCCGCAAGGCACACAGGAGCACGACCAACCUCUGAGAAUGCCACCGACACACGAAGAUCCAUCCGACAAACCUGCAAAUCUUCAAGGCAACAUGAGUGAGCCGUGGACAAGCGUUAAAAUGGGACAGCGAAUGGACGAGUGUUCAGGAUCUGGAUCACAUAUCUCGGAUGCACCUCUGCAAGUGAGGGAGCACAGUCCCUGCCUCCAGCACAUCGGGUCUUUGUCACCUGGAUCCUCCAUCCUCCUCUACGUUGGUAGCGGGCUCCACUCAAAUACUCCACAGCCCUACACCCAGUUGGUCUAUCUUGACGACGAGGACAACCGGCCGAGCCAUCACGGCGAACAGCAGUAA